AUGGGCUUACUCGGCAACCUCAUCAACGAAUUCACCCACCAAGGCCAGAGCAAUAGCGGCGGUCAGCAAGGUGGCUACAGUCAACAAUCUCAAGGCAACUACGGCGGUCCACAGCAGGGCUAUGGUGGCCCUCAACAAGGCUAUGGAGGCCAACAACAAGGAUACGGUGGUCCCCAGCAAGGAUAUGGAGGUCAACAGCAAGGCUACGGCGGCCCGCAACAAGGCUACAACUCUGGUCCUCAAGGCACACCUCAGGUGCCACCCCCAUGGCGUGCAGUCUGGGAUGACCGUGACAACCGAUGGCUGUUCAUAAACGACCAGAAUGGUGAACGCACCUUCGAACAUCCCGGUCGCACUGGCGGGUAUGGCGGUGGGUAUGGCAGCAGCUACAACCAAGGUCCUCCCCAGGGCCAGGGCCAAUACGGCGGCUACGAGCAGCAACAACAGCAACCUCAACAUCAGAAGAAGAACCACAACGGAUUGGCCUACGGAGCUAUGGGUGCCGCAGCAGGCCUCGCUGGUGGUGCAUUACUCAUGCACGAGGGUCAUGAAGUCAAAGAGGACUGGGAGGAAGACAAGUACAGAGCUGAGGAGAAGUUCGACCGCUUCGAGAACCGUGUGGAAGACGCUCCUGAAGAUGCAGCCCGCUGGACAGGUCGCAAGGUCGGCGAAGUUGAAGACAUCCCCCAGGACAUCGAGAAUGAUUACGAUCGCAUGAAGUAUGGCGCAGAGAACAAGUGGGACAACGCUGUCCAGGACGUUGAGGAUGUGCCUGAGGAUGUUGCCGGCUUCGUUGGCGAGGGUGUUGGCAAGGUCGAAGGCUGGGGCGAUGAUGCCGACCGAUUCGGCGGCCGCAUGGACAACGCCUACGACCAAGGUAGAGAUGACGAGCGCUACGGCGAUGACAAUGACCGCUGGUAG